AUGAUCGACGCAUUGAAGCGAACGCUUGCGAGAAAUUUCCAAAUCAGCUGCCUCGGUGAUGACAAGUUUUACCUCGGGAUCGAAGUCGAUCGAGACCAUGCUGGAGAUUUUCUUAUCAACCAGCCGAAAUACAUUGAAGACGUCAUCUGUUCUGUUGGCCUACAGGAUGCGAAAGUGUCAACCGUGCCAAUUGAUCCUGGGUACAUCAAGACGGAAGAUAACGAUGGCCAGCUCCCAAAUAAUCAAGAAUAUCAAAAGGUAGUUGGGCAGCUGUUGUACAUCGCAGUCAACAGCAGACCUGACAUCGCAACGGCAAUCUCAAUCUUGAGUCGUAAGGUGAGUUACCCAACCCAACGUGACUGGAACGAGUUGAAGCGAAUGGUUCGCUACCUGAAGGGGACGAUUGAUCUGAAGCUUCGACUGAGUAGCAGUGGUGAUUCAUCUGGUCUGGUGGGUUACGCUGAUGCCGAUUGGGCAGAAUGUCGCGACGACAGGAAGUCCAAUAGUGGAUAUGUAUUCAAAUACUGCGGAGGAACCAUUGCUUGGGCAUGCCGAAAGCAAUCCUGCGUUUUACUAUCUACAGCAGAGGCGGAAUUCGUGGCUCUUUCCGAAGCAUCCUAA